AUGUCCGCUCCCCAGCAAGGUCGCCAGUCUCCCGACCCCGAGCGCCAAACCGGCAAGCAGCAGCAAGCACCCCCCGCCACGGACCCGAACAAGCAGGGCCAAGAGCCUUCCGGCGGCGCGGCGGACACGAGCAAGGAUGCGUUGAAGAAUCUGGAGAGUAACCCGGAGCAUGUGUUGAAGGAGGAGGCGGAGAAGAAGACUGCGAAAUGA